AUGCUGGCCAACAUUAAGGUGACCCUGCUGCUGGCCAAGGUCAUGUCCAUCAAUGACGGUGGUAGUGCCCCUGGUACAGUGUAUUUAAGAAGUGGGAAGAAGACCUGUGCAGAAAAGCAGCCAGAUGAUAAGAGUGGGAUGGGGCAAGCUUUUCUCACUGUGUUCACUCUGGCUGUUGCGCAGGUGGUUGACCAGAUUGACACACUGACGUCUGACCUGCAGCUGGAGGAUGAGAUGACUGAUAGUUCCAAAACGGACACACUCAACAGCAGCUCCAGCAGCACAACAGCUUCCAGCUUGGAGAAAGUCAAGGUGCGGGGCAGCGCACCCCUCAUCAAGCCCCCCUCGCACCCCUCUGCUAUCCUCACCGUGCUGAGGAAGCCAAAUCCACCCCCUCCUCCACCACGGCUGACGCCCAUCAAGUGUGAUGAGCCUCCAAGGCUGCCUCCUUCAGCCAAACCUGUCAAGACUAAUGGUACCCUCCUGCGAAACGGGUGCUUGCCCGUGGGGUCCAGCCGCAUCCCAAACGGAGAGAUGUGCUGCGUGCCAAGCAGUAACUUAGAGAAAGCUGUGAUGCAGCCUCUGACGCACAGACCUGAGAAAGAGCGGUGUUCUCAGCCAGGAGCCAGGGAACGGGUACGAUUUAGUGAAAAAGUGCAGUACCAUGGCUAUUGCCCUGACUGUGAUGUUCGGUAUAACAUUAAAAACAGGGAGGUGCACUUGCACAGUGAGCCUGCCCAUGCUGUGGGAAAGCUGCCACACCAGUGCCCUCCUCUGCCCCCUCCACCACCUCCUCUGCCUCCAUUUCCUCUGGAUAAUGGAGGGUUGGGGGUAAGUCCUAGUAAUAGCUUUCCUCCUCCGAGACCUGCAACUGUGCCUCCACAAACUGCGCCAAAACCCCAGAAGACCAUCUUGAGAAAAUCAACCACUACAACAGUGUGA